AUGACCACUAGGCUCAUGGAGGCCGCGUUUGCGGGGAACACCGAGCUAGUUGCAGAGCUUUUGGAGGAGUAUGCUAGACAGCGGGACCAAGAGGGACGCACAGCGUUGAUGUUGGCGGCCCAGGAAGGUCACGUUGAGAUCGUGGAGAUGCUCGCGCCUUACGAGCUUGGGCAGGCUGAUGAAGACGGCUGGACUGCGCUGAUGUAUGCGUCGUGGUCUGGGAACUGGGACUGUGUUCGCUACCUAUCCCACCAGGAAAUCCGCAUGCGUGAUUGCAGUGGUUGGACCGCACUCAUGUCCGCUGCGUGGAACGGACACCUAGAAGUGGUGAAUUAUCUUUACAGCGAGGAAGUGGGGAUGCAAGAUGUAGAUGGCUGGACUGCGUUAAUGUGUGCGGCCUGGAAUGGACACCUAGAUGUUGUGAAGCUCCUUUACGAACGGGAAAAGGGCAUGGUCGAUCAGAAGGGGUGGACCGCACUCAUGUCUGCAGCGUGGAAUGGACACUAUUCUGUGGUUAAAUUUCUCAUGGGCGCUGAGGCACGUGUCAUGGAUCCAUAUGGGUGGACAGCUCUAAUGUCGGCUGUCUGGAACAAUCACGGCUCGGUCGCUGAGCUGCUAAUAGACACAGAGGGUCCUCUGAUUUUGGAGAACGCCAAGGUCAUGCGCAUGGUUUCUGUUGCACGCAAAAAUGACAGCAUUACCUUCCCAACCGGUCAACAAGAUUACCUUUACUCUAAGUCUGUUGUGCAUACAAUUGUUGACCCCGAUGCCUCGUUCCAACAAUGCAUCUCAGCAGACACCGAGGCUAGUCCUAUUUUAGGAGAAGCAGCCGACACAGAUACAAUUGAGAAACUUAAGCAUGAACUAAUGGUGGCACACGAUACAAUUAAAAAGCUAGAGGCCUUAGUUGAUAAGAGUCACUUGGAAAAUGAUAAGGGUCUCGCUAUGGAAAUCGAGCGCCUUAAGGAAGAGGGAGCUACAUAUAAAAGCAGAGCAGAAAAGUAUGAUGACGCCAGACAUGAAGUUGAAGCCCUGAACAAGACAGUGAGGCUUAUGAAAGAGGAAAUAGACCGCGUGAAAAACGAGCAGCAGCAAUCCCAAUCAGUACUGGAUGCCCUUCUCGCCAGUUCUGAGGACCAUGAGAUGGUGAAGCUUACUGCAGAAGUACAGCGAUUAAGCGACAUUGUAACAAGAAAGGAUAGAGAGAUAGAUGCCUUGAAGCGAGAGUGCGCUGAAUACAAGGCUAUGACGACUGUCCCUCCUAAGGCUCCAUCUUUGUCUAGGGAAAAGAAGCACCGCUUCAAAAGACUUAACUCUGUGUCUGGUGCUCCCAGAAGACACUCUGGAGGCCUUAGAGUGUCAAUUGACGAGUGCUCUGACAUAGAAGCCCAUGUGGCUAAUGCAGUUAUUCUACCUACUAACAUACCUCGUGGUGUUAGAAAGAAGUCUAUUUCUCAGUUUCCUGCUAUUCCCAGCGGUCCUGUUGCCAUUCAAACGCCUUCACAGGACAGUGAUGACUUCUAUCAAACUAGCAAUCCAUCAACGUAUGUCCCGCAACCUCAUAUCCUCAAUAAAACUGGCACAGAGGCGCUUGCUUCUGUGGACACAAAGCCACUCCAGCAGUUAAAUACAGAUGUAAGCAAAAAUAUCUCGUAUUACGAGGAUAAAUCCCUGAACUCAUUCUUCCAAGAACCCUCUGAACUUGGUAGCGGUGGAGCCGACAGCGGCACGAUUAGGCAGAUUCUCAGGGAGUUUGCAAAGGUGAGAAAGGAGCUGGAACAAAUUAAAAGACAGCAGUUUUCUAUGGGAAAAGAUAUACUAAGUGCGAAAAACGAAGCUAGCCUACUUCGCACUAAGAUUGGCGCUAAAGCCGCAGACCCGGAGGACCUCAAGGUGGCGAUCAUCGACGUUAUAUCCAGUGACCCGACCAUUCUUCGCUCCUGCUCUGCAACUGUGUCUCCGAUCUUGGGCGAGGCUGCUGUAUGUUCGCCGUGUGGCCACAGGAUUGCCACAUCUAACCCUGAGUCAAUCACCAAGUGUCCUCAGUGCGGCACUUUGGCUAGGGCUAUAUCCUUACGCGGUGUCUAG